AUGUCUCCUCCGCGGCUGACAGGAGCUCUACGUUCCUUCUCUAAUGUCACUAGGAAAGAGGACUUCGACCAGAGCCUCUGCAAUUUGAAGGCAAAACGUUUGAAGAGGCAGGAGCUAUUCAGAAGAGAAGGACUCACAUGGCAGAAAAUCUUCCACUUCUGCACUGAUAAUCAGGACAAAGUGAAUCAACAUGCUGUCAAUCAAGAAUUGAAGAAACUUCUUUUUGCAGCCAAACAGAUAGUUGGAACUGAACAUUGUCAAGAGGCAGUUGAAUCUGCUGCUGUAUUCCUCUUUGAGGUGUUCCACAACAAAAACCAUGUGGGCACAGAGGAGACCCGGGCAAUUAAGCAGAUGUUUGGCCCGUUUCCCUCAUCUGCUGCUGAAACAUCUUGUACUUGUGUGGCACGGGUAGUGGAUUCACUAAGAGAUUCCUGUAUUGAGGAAUUUAUCCAAUCCAGUUGUUCCCAUCACAAAUCUCAGCAAAGGUCUUCUUUUGGACGGAACAUUGCCUUCUCCCAUGAGUGUUAUACACUCGACCCGCUGGAAGAACUGCCCUUCUGUGACAUCCAAGAUCAGAAUGUGAACCUGGACUUCGACAACUUCCUAAACAUCCAACAUAGUACAAUUAAUGCUGUCACCGAAGGAGAGGUGUUUUCCACAGAAAAAUCUCUGAUGAACAAAACUAUUCUCAGAACAGAAGUGGAGAAAUAUUUAAAUGAAGGUAAUAUAUCAUCCAGCCCAGAGGAUCUGUGCACCUCUCUAUUUGAGAUGCUUGCCUCCGACAAAAGCAAUGAUGAACUGCAGAAUGAGUUAUUUGAGUUGCUUGGCCCAGAAGGUCUAGAGAUGAUCUCCACACUUCUGCAGCAAAGGACGGUUAUUGUUGACUCUCUACUAAACAUGCCAAUGAUCCAUUCUUUUCAGGUUGUUCAGGAUUCCAUCCGAAAACUCAGUGAUGAAGUUACAAGGCCCACCUACGGCUGUCAGGUGACCAUUCAUUCUGAACAGGAACGACAUUUGAUGAAGAUUGUCCGGAGAGAGGAGAAGAGGGACAGAAAGAGGGGUAAAGGAACUGAAGAUGUGGAAUGCUCAGAUGAGCCCAUGCACUUUGACCCAAAAGAGAUGAGAGCUCAGAGGGAGCAGGCUCUGUUGACUGCUCGCCAUGAACCUAUACUUGGUAGAGAAAGAGUGUAUGAACGGAUUAAAUACCCAAAUGUCUAUGACAGCUAUGCAGAGGCCACAAAGACACCUGCCUUUGUUGGAGGAGCGAGGAUGCUUCUUCCUGAUGGAAUCCGCAGAGAUAAUACUAAAAUGUAUGAAGAGGUGGAGAUUCCACCAAAUGAACCAAUGCCUAUUGGCUUUGAAGAGAAACCGGUUUACGUCUCUGAACUGGAUGAGAUUGGACAACUGGUGUUUAAAGGAAUGAAACGUCUUAACAGGAUUCAAUCGUUGGUGUUCGAGACUGCCUACAACACCAAUGAAAACCUUCUAAUAUGUGCCCCAACUGGUGCUGGCAAGACCAACAUCGCUAUGCUGACUGUUCUUCAUGAGAUUCGGCAGCAUAUUCACUCGGAUGGUUUCAUCAAAAAAGAUGAAUUCAAGAUAGUGUAUGUUGCCCCAAUGAAGGCUUUGGCAGCUGAGAUGACCAACUACUUUAGCAAAAGAUUAGAGCCGCUGGGCAUCACUGUCAAAGAACUCACUGGUGACAUGCAGCUAACCAAAGGGGAGAUUCUACGUACACAGAUGUUGGUUACCACUCCAGAGAAGUGGGAUGUUGUGACAAGAAAGAGUGUUGGAGACAUUGCUCUCUCCCAGAUAGUACGUCUGCUAAUCUUGGAUGAAGUUCACCUUCUUCAUGAAGAUCGAGGACCAGUACUGGAGAGCCUUGUGGCCCGGACCCUCAGACAGGUGGAGUCCACCCAGAGUAUGAUUAGGAUUCUCGGAUUGUCAGCCACUCUUCCAAACUAUCUGGAUGUGGCCACCUUCUUGCAUGUCAACCCGUACAUUGGCCUCUUCUUCUUCGACGGUCGUUUCAGACCCGUACCCCUCGGACAAACGUUCGUCGGUAUCAAAACUACUAACAAGAUCCAGCAAAUUCAUGACAUGGAGGAGGUUUGCUACAACAAAGUUGUUGAACAAGUCAAAGCUGGCCAUCAGGUAAUGGUUUUCGUCCAUGCUCGUAACGCUACAGUGAGAACGGCUAUGGGGCUAAUUGAGAUGGCUAAAAACCAUGGGGAAACCUCCAUCUUCCAACCAGAACAAGGUCCGGACUACGGCCAGUGUGAAAAACAGAUCCAACGCUCCAGAAACAAGCAAAUGAAGGAGAUGUUUCCAGAAGGUUUUGGGAUCCACCAUGCAGGCAUGUUGCGGGCUGACCGCAAUCUAAUGGAGAAUAUGUUCUCCAGAGGGUACCUCAAAGUGCUUGUCUGUACUGCUACCCUGGCCUGGGGAGUGAACCUGCCAGCCCAUGCUGUUAUCAUUAAGGGUACACAGAUUUACGACGCUAAGCGUGGUGCCCUGGUGGAUCUCGGCAUUCUCGAUGUGAUGCAGAUCUUUGGUCGAGCAGGACGUCCACAGUUUGACAAGUACGGGUUGGGCACCAUCAUUACCACUCAUGACAAGCUCAGCCAUUACCUGACCCUCCUCACACAGCAGAACCCUAUUGAGAGUCAGUUUCUUGACAGCCUGGCUGACAACCUUAAUGCUGAGAUUGCCUUGGGAACGGUCACCAAUGUGGAUGAAGCAGUGAAGUGGCUGAGUUAUACUUAUCUAUAUGUGCGCACGAGGGCCAAUCCACUUGCAUAUGGUAUUAACUACAAAGCUUUGCAGAUGGAUCCAUCCUUAGAGCUUUAUAGAAAGGAGCUGGUGGUUGAGUCAGGCAGGAAGCUGGACAAAGCCAGGAUGAUCCGCUUUGAAGAGCGCACUGGCUACUUUGCCUCCACUGACCUGGGGAGGACCUCCAGCCACUUCUAUAUCAAAUACAACACUAUUGAGACAUUCAAUGAGCUUUUCAACUCUGAGCGAACAGAAGCGGACAUCCUCAGUAUUGUCUCCAAGGCUGAAGAAUUUGAACAGCUAAAGGUUCGUGAUGAAGAGAUGGAGGAGCUGGAGCAGAUGCUGUGCAACUACUGUGAGCUACCCGCGGCAGGUGGAGUGGAAAAUGGCUACGGCAAAGUUAACAUUCUGUUGCAGACUUACAUAAGUCGUGGAGAUGUCGACAGUUUUUCCCUCAUCUCAGACCUUUCAUAUGUUGCACAGAAUGCUGCUCGAAUUGUCAGGGCAUUGUUUGAGAUUGCACUAAGAAAGCGCUGGCCAGCCAUGACCUACCGGUUGCUCACUCUCUGCAAAGUCAUCGACAAGCGACUUUGGGGCUUUGCCCACCCUCUCCGACAAUUUUCCAACUUGAGCCACAUUAUACUGAAUCGACUGGAGGAGAAGAAGCUCACUGUUGAUAAGCUAAAGGAAAUGAAGAAGGACGAAAUUGGUCACAUGCUUCAUCAUGUCAACAUCGGUUUGACAGUCAAACAGUGCGUCCAUCAAAUCCCUUCGAUCUCAAUUGAAGCCAGUGUUCAGCCAAUAACACGAACUGUUCUGCGUGUCCGUCUCAUUGUCACACCCGAUUUCCAUUGGACUGAUCAGGUGCAUGGGUCUGUGGGUGAACCAUGGUGGUUAUGGGUGGAGGACCCAAUCAAUGAUCACAUCUACCACUCUGAAUACUUCCUCCUCCAAAAAAAACAGGUGGUAACAGGGGAACCACAGCACAUUGUGUUUACCAUUCCCAUCUUUGAACCACUACCCUCUCAGUACUACAUCAGGGCAGUGUCUGACCGUUGGCUUGGUGCCGAAGCCGUCUGCAUUAUCAAUUUCCAGAACCUUAUCUUGCCGGAGCGUCACCCCCCGCACACUGAGUUGUUGGACCUCCAGCCAUUGCCUGUGACAGCUCUGGGAUGCCGAGAGUAUGAAAGCUUGUACAAGUUCACGCACUUCAAUCCCAUCCAGACACAGAUCUUCCAUACACUGUAUCAUACGGACACCAAUGUCCUGCUAGGAGCACCAACAGGCUCCGGAAAAACCAUAGCUGCUGAGAUGGCCAUGUUCAGAGUCUUCAACAAGUACCCAAACUCUAAGGUGGUGUAUAUUGCCCCUCUCAAAGCUCUGGUCAGAGAGAGAAUUGAGGACUGGAAAGUCAGGAUCGAUGAAAAACUGGGAAAAAAAGUGGUGGAACUUACAGGUGACGUGACCCCAGAUAUGAGAGCUAUCGCACAGGCUGACCUCAUUGUCACCACACCGGAGAAGUGGGAUGGCGUAAGCAGAAGCUGGCAAAACAGAAGCUACGUUCAGAAAGUGGCCAUCCUGAUCAUUGAUGAAAUCCACCUUCUUGGUGAAGAUAGAGGUCCAGUUUUAGAAGUCAUAGUAUCAAGGACCAACUUCAUCUCCUCCCACACCUCGAAAAGCGUCCGAGUUGUCGGUCUUUCGACAGCUCUGGCUAAUGCACGUGACCUUGCUGACUGGUUGGGAAUCAUACAGGUGGGUUUGUUUAACUUCCGUCCUUCUGUUCGCCCUGUGCCGCUGGAGGUUCAUAUUCAGGGUUUCCCAGGACAGCACUACUGCCCCCGCAUGGCCACCAUGAACAAACCCACCUUUCAAGCAAUUCGUAGUCAUUCUCCAGCAAAGCCAGUGCUUAUAUUUGUCUCAUCUCGACGUCAAACCCGACUGACAGCUCUGGACCUCAUUGCAUACCUGGCGACUGAAGACAACCCCAAGCAAUGGCUGCAUCAGGACGAGAGAGAUAUUGAGGACAUCAUUGCCACAGUACGGGACUCUAACUUGAAACUAACUUUGGCAUUUGGAAUCGGGAUGCACCACGCUGGCCUACAUGAGCGAGACCGAAAGACUGUUGAGGAACUCUUUGUCAACUGCAAGAUCCAGGUUUUGAUUGCCACAAGCACUCUGGCUUGGGGUGUAAACUUCCCUGCUCAUCUCGUGGUGGUCAAAGGAACUGAAUACUAUGAUGGAAAAACCAGACGAUACGUGGACUACCCCAUCACAGAUGUUCUGCAGAUGAUGGGGCGAGCAGGUCGUCCUCAGUUUGAUGACCAGGGCAAAGCAGUCAUUCUUGUCCAUGACAUCAAGAAAGAUUUUUACAAGAAGUUUCUCUACGAGCCUUUUCCUGUAGAGUCCAGCCUGCUUAGUGUGCUGUCAGACCACUUGAAUGCUGAGAUUGCUGCAGGGACCAUCUCUUCCAAGCAAGAUGCAAUGGACUACAUCACCUGGACUUACUUUUUCAGACGACUGGUGAUGAACCCCAGUUAUUACAGCUUGGAAGAUAUCAGUCAUGAUACCAUUAACAAAUACCUCUCCGGCCUGGUGGAAAAGAGCCUACGGGACUUGGAAUGCUCCUACUGCAUCGAAAUAAAAGAGGACGACCGGGCUAUUGAGCCUCUGACCUAUGGUCGCAUUGGGUCUUAUUAUUACCUGAAGCACCAGACCAUCCGUCUGUUUAAAGAAAGACUGAGGGCUGAACUUCCCAUCCAUGAGAUUCUUUCCAUUCUGACGGAUGCAGAAGAGUAUGCGGAGCUACCUGUGCGACACAAUGAAGACCAACUCAACAGCCUCCUGGCUCAACAGCUCCCAUUGAAGGUCAACCCCCACUCAUAUGAUAGUGCCCACACUAAGACCCACUUACUGCUUCAGGCUCACUUCAGCCAUGCCCAGUUGCCAUGCAGCGACUAUUCAACUGAUACCAAGACUGUUCUGGACAAUGCCAUCCGAAUUUGUCAGGCCUUGCUUGAUGUAGCGGCCAAUGAGGGCUGGCUUGUCACAGCUUUAAGCAUCUGCAACCUGGUGCAGAUGAUUGUCCAAGGCCGCUGGCUGCAUGAUUCUUCACUGCUUACUCUACCACAUGUUGAGAAACAAGAUCUGUAUCUGUUCAGGAAAUGGUCUAACCAUAAAGGCAAGGGAAACACAGGAUGCUACACUGGACCUAUUGAAGGGCUUCCAGACUUGAUAGCUGCCUGCAGUGGAAAGGAAAGCGUUUUUGCAGCAAUUGUCGGCAAUAAGUUCCCGUCAAGUUCUGUUACUCAGAUGUGGGCCUUCCUCAGUCAUCUUCCAGUGCUGGAGGUUGCGUUGAGUGUCAAGGGCUGGUGGGAGGAGAACCAUCAACAAACAGAGCACCACUUGCCUUCUCCAGGAGCAAACCUGAGGGAGGCCAGCAGCUGGUUGGAGGUCCACGCUGACCAGGAGUAUGUUUUGCAAGUGUCACUGAGACGCAUCAACCAAGGCCAGCAGAAGAGGAAGCAGGACAGUAAGGCUCAAGCUCCAAGAUUCCCCAAGAGCAAAGAUGAAGGCUGGUUCCUUGUCGUUGGUGAUGUGGAGCACAUGGCACUUCUGGCUAUCAAACGAAUUGGAUAUGUACGCAACCACACAACAGUUUCCAUUGCCUUCUACACACCUGAGAAGACUGGAAAAUACAUCUACACACUCUACUUGAUGAGCGACAGCUACCUGGGUCUUGACCAGCAGUAUGACAUUCACCUCAAUGUCACACCAGCCAGCAUCGCUGCCCAGAUCAACACAGAGGUCACGGACUAG